CCGCCCGCCGUGUCCCCGGGGCGGGCGCCGGCCGCGAUGGCAGCGGCUGAGCGGGGCUGAGCCCGCCGCCGCCCGCAGCUCCCCGGCCCCCUCGGACUCCAGCCAUGGCGAAGCAGUACGACGUGCUGUUCCGGCUGCUGCUGAUCGGGGACUCCGGGGUGGGCAAGACCUGCUUGCUCUGCCGCUUCACCGACAACGAGUUCCACUCCUCGCACAUCUCCACCAUCGGUGUUGACUUUAAGAUGAAGACCAUAGAGGUAGAUGGCAUCAAAGUGCGGAUACAGAUUUGGGACACAGCGGGGCAGGAGAGAUACCAGACCAUCACAAAGCAGUACUAUCGAAGGGCACAGGGAAUAUUUUUAGUCUACGACAUUAGCAGUGAGCGCUCCUACCAGCACAUCAUGAAGUGGGUCAGUGAUGUGGACGAGUAUGCACCAGAAGGGGUGCAGAAGAUUCUUAUAGGAAACAAGGCUGAUGAAGAGCAGAAACGGCAGGUGGGAAGAGAGCAAGGGCAGCAGCUGGCUAAGGAGUACGGCAUGGACUUCUAUGAAACAAGUGCCUGCACCAACCUCAACAUUAAAGAGUCUUUCACACGUCUGACGGAGCUGGUGCUGCAGGCUCACAGGAAGGAGCUGGAGGGUCUCCGGACGCGUGCCAGCAAUGAGUUGGCAUUGGCAGAGCUGGAAGAGGAAGAGGGCAAACCUGAGGGCCCAGCGAACUCUUCAAAAACUUGCUGGUGCUGAGGGUCCUGUGUGGGGUACCCCCACCAACUCCCUUCCCUCAAGAGGUCAGGGACAGCAGGAGAGCCUGGGCUCUGCCCACUGCUGUCCUCUCAUUUGGUGACCCUAGCUGCUACUCUCCCCGCCUGGCCCUGAGAGCAGCUCUGCUGUGGUGUCUGAGCAGCCUCUGUCCCCAGCCCCUUGACUCUGGAGCAGUAUCCUUCAGCCUGUUUCCCCAGCCACAGCACCGACUCGCCACCCCAAGCUCCCUGGACAAUGGCUGAGGCUGGAGUCAAGGCCACCCAAAGGCCCCUCUCUCCGAGCAGCUUAUCUCCUCUCUGCUUUCUCUCUUCGUCCCACUCUCUCUGACCCCUUCCCUCCAGUGUGUUUUGUAGGGAAACACUUCCUUCCCUUUUGCCUAGAUGUCCUGCUGUGGCUGCUAUUGCAGCUUCUUCCUUCCUAAUCCUGGUUGGAGGAAAUGGACCCAGGCUCACAGAGAUGUUCCAUCCUCUGCUCCAGAGAGGAUGUCCCACCCUGUUUCAUGGUAGCCCAAAGGCUAAGGGUGCUUCUCUCUCCUCCCCUCCCUACUGCCCCUUCUUGUGCCAGAGGCCUGCCUCCCCAUGACCUGGGAAAGUGGAUCACCGAGGUAGAAAGGAAACAUCACUUGGUGGGUUUCUUACCUCUAUAUUUCUCCCACCUGAGCUUUGUCAUUGCUUUGCUGCCCACCUGCCUCUGGUGAACUGGACUCAGAGGCAGGUUCUUCAGAAAAGAAAAGAAAUGAGGGCGGCAGGCAUCCAAAGUCACCUCCAUUUUCUACCUCCCAUGCAGCGAGUGUACAACCCCUCCACAGGGGCUCCUGAAUUUGAGGGAAAGGCUGGCUGAGAUGUACAGUUCCCACGGAUAAGACAGCCACAGACAAGCUAUGAGAUGGAAAAGCUGGGCACUCCCUGUGACACCUCCAGCAAUGUCCUCAUCCUCAUGACCAGGGAAAUGGAGGUGGAGGGUAUAAUAGGAGAUGGUACAAUGAAGAAGCAAAAAUGGAAAAAAGAACAUCAAUCAGUGGAGGGAAAAAAAAACAACUUUCCAAGACAAACACAAUUUCAUCACUUUUGCCUGGCACAAGCUGAGAAUGGAGAACCAUUGUAUUCCUUCCUACCUUCCUUCCUUCAUUUUUUCCCCUCUUUCCUUCUCUCCCUCCAUUUCCUCUUUUCUUCCUUUUCUUCUUCCUCUUCCUCGUCCUUCUUCCCCCUCUCUCACCUCAGCACAAAAGUCAUUAUUUCUAGAAGGUGACAUACUCUCUUCCUAAGAGGUCCUUUGAUUUUGUGCUUGUGGAAAGCUAUAGCUAGAGAAAAAUGUAAAAAAUAAUGUGUCUGUUUCAGUAGUCAUCUGACUUAGGUGAACAUAAAUGCCAUUUCUCUUCCUCUCUGACACACCCUUACCCAUCACUGCACAGUUCAGAGAUUGACAUUGAAUAAAUGCAUUGUUAAUGUCUGUGUCGAGUGAAAGCAACCUGCUAGGGCAAACAGAAGUCAAUCUCGCAGGCCUCCCUCCCUUUUUUCCUCCUCAUCUGACCUUUGGAGCUCUGGUUUCCUGCAAGGAGUAAAUUAUUCACAUCUGCUCACAGAUAUCAAAUUGGCCCUUUCCAGGUUGCCAGCAGGGUGGGGCAGGAGG